UCCAACCAUUCUGCAUCGCCCGGAGUAACAGCCACGCAGACUAGAAAAAAAAGGCAACACGCACUCUCUAAGGGGAGAGAGUGAGAAGGGAGGGGAGAGAGAAAAACGCCCUGGACACGGAGGGAGACUCGGGUUGAUAGAGAAAGACAAGUAUUUUAGAAGUGAGAAAGAACGUUUGAUUGGGAAGAAGAAGACGUGCUUUUAUCGACUGCUGGGACAGCAGGAGGGGAAGAGGACAUUGCCAACGAUGCUCAAGUUGCUGUGUUGAAGUUGUUGCAGCUCAGACUGCUCAGACAAACAGGAAACAAAGAGACAGAGCCCUUGGCCUUGCUUGAGCAAUCCAAAGUACUAAAACCAAGGCAGAAACAAACCACACCAGAGCAUAGGCAAAGGACAAGAAAAAACAAAGGAUGGCUGAAGAGGAGGAAACCAGGGAGGUGCUCUUCUCUGACUGGUCGGGUCCAGAGAAACAGGGAAUGACCCUCGAGCAGUCAGGCGAAGGAGAGAUCUAUGUCAAAGAGGUGAAAAUGGAGUCGCCUGCUGGACGCACUGGAAGAGUACACGAGGGUGAUCAAAUUGUGGGUGCCACCAUCUAUUUUGACAACAUGAGUUCCGAGGAGACAGCGGAGCUCCUCAAGACCUUAAACAAACACAAGGUUGGACUGAAACUACAGAACAAGGACAAGUCACCAUGCCGCUCCCCCAUGGGCACUCUGUCACCCAGCCGAUCCCCCAUGGGCACUCUGUCGUAUGAAGGGAAGGGAAGGUUUGGAGGCUCCAGUCAAGGCAGUAUCCUGAGCGGGGACGAUGAAGAUUACAAGAGAAUAUAUUCCAAGAAGAUUAAGCCCCGACUGAAGUCUGAGGAUCUGGCGGACGGCGUGGACGUCCGUACGGAGCGCCACAGCAGCACCAGCACCGACGGCAGCACGAUCACCACCGUCACCCGGCGCAUCACUACCUACUCUGUAGACAUGCCAGGGGGCGUGGACGAGCAGCUUGAGCUCACCGGGCCAGAGUUCAAAGGGAACCGAUAUGAGCAGUCAGAAGGGGGCAGCUCGACUCAAAUACGAGUUUUACAUGGAAGCGGAAGCUCUUCAGGUGUAGGAGGUGGAUUGGAGGGGGGUGAUUUUGAACUAGGAGGUGAUGGUGUUUCCUUCACUGGGCCGGAUGUAACUAGCUCUUCUGAGAAGCACUGGAGCACUGGAGGGGUGAAGACCACCACUGUAACGAGGGAGAUAGAGGGGGGAGAUGGUGGAGCAGCAGGGAUCAGAUUCAAAGGACCGAGCUUUGGAAUGUCGGGGGUGAAGGGUCAGCGAGAGUUCGGCCUCUAUAGAGGGGGUCAGCAGGGCGACGGGAGCUUUCAGGUUUCAGGUGACUCAGCUGACUACCAGGCAGGAUCAGUCACUGUCACGGCACCUGAAAAAACAACAAAUAUUUCAUCCAGCUCCAUAUCAAUGGGUAAAGGGGAGGUGAGAGGAGUAGACGUUCAUUUGCCUGGUAGAGGCAGUGCAGACUGGCAGGGGAGGGUCGGAGGCUCAGUACCUGGAAUAACCAUUAGUGAUCAACAGGUGAGAGGGUCUGGGAGCGUAGGUCACUCCAGAGGCAACCAGGGUGGAGUUUCCUUACCCAGCAUGCCAGGCAUUGAUGCAGGGUUGAAUGGAGGGAAGAUAUCAACAGACAUAAGAGCGCAAACACUUGACAUCAAUACGGGCAUAAAGGAGUCUGGCUCAGUGAAAACGUCUGUAAAAGGAACAUUGGUAAAAGGAACAACCAUUGAAAAUGAAAGCAAACUUAAAGGUGGCAUCAAAAUGCCAUCAUUUGGACUGAACAUUGCAGGUACAGAAAGCGAUAGAGAUGUGAAACUACCGAAGGUGAAGGGUAGUGGGGAUGUUUCGGUUCCCGGGGUAGAUGGAGAUGUAUCAGGCCCAUCCAUGAAUGUUAAAGCAGGGAAACAGAUAGGUGGUUUUGAUAUCAAAGCACCUAAAGUAGACAUUAGGGUUUCAGGUGUUGAUGUUCAUGAUCCAGAAAGAGGUUUCAAGAUACCCAAAGUAAAGAUGCCAUCAUUUGGAAUCAAAGGAUCGGGACGUGAGGGUCCUGAUGUCGAUGUCAACCUACCAAAAACUGACAUAGACAUCAAGCCUCCCAAAGUAGAAAUUAAAGGUCCAGAACUUGACAUUGAAGGCCCAGAUGGUAAAAUGAAAGGGUCAAAAUUCAAGAUGCCGACAACAUCAGGACCAAACAUCUCAAUGCCUGAUGUUGACUUCAACCUGAAAGGUCCAAAGAUGAAAGGAGAUUUUGAUGUGUCAGGGCCCAAGAUAGAAGGAGACCUCAAAGCACCCAAAGUAGACAUAGAGGGCCCAGAUCUUGACAUUGAAGGUUCAGGAGGAUUUAAGAUGCCAAAGAUGAAGAUGCCAUCAUUUGGAUUCAAAGGUCCUAAAUUGGAGGGUCCAGAUGUUGAUGUUAACCUGCCAACAGCUGAUAUAGACAUCAAAGCGCCCAAAGUGGAUAUUAAAGGUCCAGAACUUGACAUUGAAGGUUCAGGAGGAUUUAAGAUGCCAAAGAUGAAGAUGCCUUCAUUUGGAAUCAAAGGACCCAAACUGGAGGGUCCAGAUGUUGAUGUCAAACUACCUAAAGGUGACAUUGAAAUAAAGGGACCCAACGUUGACAUCAAAGGUCCAGAACUGGACAUUGAAGGCCCCGAUGGAAAAAUCAAGGGCCCACAAUUCAAGAUGCCUUCCAUAUCAGGACCAAAGAUCUCAAUGCCUGACAUGGACAUCAAUCUUAAAGGGCCAAAGACGAAGGGUGAUGUGAAUGUGUCAAUGCCAAAGAUAAAAGGAGAUAUAACAGCGCCCAAAGUAGACAUUGAAGGUCCAGAUGUUGACAUUGAAGGUUCAGGAGGAUUUAAGAUACCAAAGAUGAAGAUGCCAUCAUUUGGAUACAAAGGUCCUAAAUUGGAGGGUCCAGAUGUUGAUGUUAACCUACCAAAAGCUGAUAUUGACAUCAAAGCGCCCAAAGUGGACAUUAAAGGUCCAGAACUUGACAUUGAAGGCUCUGAUGGUAAAAUCAAAGGGCCGAAACUCAAGAUGCCAUCAAUAUCAGGACCAAAGAUCUCCAUGCCUGAUAUGGACUUCAAUCUGAAAGGUCCCAAGAUGAAGGGAGAUGUUGAUAUGUCAGGAGAACUUAAAGCACCCAAAGUAGACAUUGAAGGUCCAGAUCUUGACAUUGAAGGUCCAGAUGGAAAAAUCAAAGGGCCAAAAUUCAAGAUGCCAUCAAUUUCAGGACCGAAGAUCUCCAUGCCUGAUGUGGACUUCAAUCUGAAAGGUCCAAAGAUGAAGGGAGAUUUCGAUGUGUCAGGGCCCAAAAUAGAAGGAGACCUCAAAGCACCCAAAGUAGACAUAGAGGGCCCAGAUCUUGACAUUGAAGGUUCAGGAGGAUUUAAGAUGCCAAAGAUGAAGAUGCCAUCAUUUGGAUUCAAAGGUCCUAAAUUGGAGGGUCCAGAUGUUGAUGUUAACCUGCCAACAGCUGAUAUAGACAUCAAAGCGCCCAAAGUGGAUAUUAAAGGUCCAGAACUUGACAUUGAAGGUUCAGGAGGAUUUAAGAUGCCAAAGAUGAAGAUGCCGUCUUUUGGAUUCAAAGGUCCUAAAUUGGAGGGUCCAGAUGUUGAUGUUAACCUACCAAAAGCUGAUAUAGACAUCAAAGCGCCCAAAGUGGACAUUAAAGGUCCAGAACUUGACAUUGAAGGCCCUGAUGAUAAAAUCAAAGGGCCGAAAUUCAAGAUGCCGUCAAUGUCAGGACCAAAUAUCUCCAUGCCUGAUGUGGACUUCAACCUGAAAGGUCCCAAGAUGAAGGGAGAUGUUGAUAUGUCAGGAGAACUUAAAGAACCCAAAGUAGACAUUGAAAGUCCAGAUCUUGAAAUUGAAGGUCCAGAUGGAAAAAUCAAAGGGCCAAAGUUCAAGAUGCCAUCAAUUUCAGGACCGAAGAUCUCCAUGCCUGAUGUGGACUUCAAUCUGAAAGGUCCAAAGAUGAAGGGAGAUUUCGAUGUGUCAGGGCCCAAAAUAGAAGGAGACCUCAAAGCACCCAAAGUAGACAUAGAGGGCCCAGAUCUUGACAUUGAAGGUUCAGGAGGAUUUAAGAUGCCAAAGAUGAAGAUGCCAUCAUUUGGAUUCAAAGGUCCUAAAUUGGAGGGUCCAGAUGUUGAUGUUAACCUGCCAACAGCUGAUAUAGACAUCAAAGCGCCCAAAGUGGACAUUAAAGGUCCAGAACUUGACAUUGAAGGCCCUGAUGGUAAAAUCAAAGGGCCGAAAUUCAAGAUGCCGUCAAUGUCAGGACCAAAGAUCUCCAUGCCUGAUGUGGAUUUCAACCUAAAAGGUCCCAAGAUGAAGGGAGAUUUCGACGUGUCAGGGCCCAAGAUAGAAGGAGACCUCAAAGCACCCAAAGUAGACAUAGAGGGGCCAGAUCUUGACAUUGAAGGUUCCGGAGGAUUUAAGAUGCCAAAGAUGAAGAUGCCAUCAUUUGGAUUCAAAGGUCCUAAAUUGGAGGGUCCAGAUGUUGAUGUUAACCUGCCAACAGCUGAUAUAGACAUCAAAGUGCCCAAAGUGGACAUUAAAGGUCCAGAACUUGACAUUGAAGGCCCUGAUGGUAAAAUCAAAGGGCCAAAAUUCAAGAUGCCAUCAAUAUCAGGACCAAAGAUCUCCAUGCCUGAUAUGGACUUCAAUCUGAAAGGUCCCAAGAUGAAGGGAGAUGUUGAUAUGUCAGGAGAACUUAAAGCACCCAAAGUAAACAUUGAAGGUCCAGAUCUUGACAUUGAAGGUCCAGAUGGAAAAAUCAAAGGGCCAAAAUUCAAGAUGCCAUCAAUUUCAGGACCGAAGAUCUCCAUGCCUGAUGUGGACUUCAAUCUGAAAGGUCCAAAGAUGAAGGGAGAUGUCGAUGUGUCAGGGCCCAAGAUAGAAGGAGACCUCAAAGCACCCAAAGUAGACAUAGAGGGGCCAGAUCUUGACAUUGAAGGUUCAGGAGGAUUUAAGAUGCCAAAGAUGAAGAUGCCAUCAUUUGGAUUCAAAGGUCCUAAAUUGGAGGGUCCAGAUGUUGAUGUUAACCUGCAAAAAGCUGAUAUAGACAUCAAAGCGCCCAAAGUGGACAUUAAAGGUCCAGAACUUGACAUUGAAGGUUCAGGAGGAUUUAAGAUGCCAAAGAUGAAGAUGCCAUCAUUUGGAUUCAAAGGUCCUAAAUUGGAGGGUCCAGAUGUUGAUGUUAACCUGCCAACAGCUGAUAUAGACAUCAAAGCGCCCAAAGUGGACAUUAAAGGUCCAGAACUUGACAUUGAAGGCCCUGAUGGUAAAAUCAAAGGGCCGAAAUUCAAGAUGCCGUCAAUGUCAGGACCAAAGAUCUCCAUGCCUGAUGUGGACUUCAACCUGAAAGGUCCCAAGAUGAAGGGAGAUGUUGAUAUGUCAGGAGAACUUAAAGCACCCAAAGUUGACAUUGAAGGUCCAGAACUUGACAUUGAAGGUCCAGAUGGAAAAAUCAAAGGGCCAAAAUUCAAGAUGCCAUCAAUUUCAGGACCGAAGAUCUCCAUGCCUGUGGUGGAUAUCAACCUAAAAGGUCCAAAGAUGAAGGGAGAUUUCGAUGUGUCAGGGCCCAAAAUAGAAGGAGACCUCAAAGCACCCAAAUUAGACAUAGAGGGCCCAGAUCUUGACAUUGAAGGUUCAGGAGGAUUUAAGAUGCCAAAGAUGAAGAUGCCUUCAUUUGGAUUCAAAGGUCCUAAAUUGGAGGGUCCAGAUGUUGAUGUUAACCUGCCAACAGCUGAUAUAGACAUCAAAGCGCCCAAAGUGGACAUUAAAGGUCCAGAACUUGACAUUGAAGGCCCUGAUGGAAAAAUCAAAGGGCCGAAAUUCAAGAUGCCAUCAAUAUCAGGACCAAAGAUCUCCAUGCCUGAUGUGGACUUCAACCUGAAAGGUCCCAAGAUGAAGGGAGAUGUUGAUAUGUCAGGAGAACUUAAAGCACCCAAAGUUGACAUUGAAGGUCCAGAUCUUGACAUUGAAGGUCCAGAUGGAAAAAUCAAAGGGCCAAAAUUCAAGAUGCCAUCAAUUUCAGGACCAAAGAUCUCCAUGCCUGAUGUGGACUUCAAUCUGAAAGGUCCAAAGAUGAAGGGAGAUUUCGAUGUGUCAGGGCCCAAAAUAGAAGGAGACCUCAAAGCACCCAAAUUAGACAUAGAGGGCCCAGAUCUUGACAUUGAAGGUUCAGGAGGAUUUAAGAUGCCAAAGAUGAAGAUGCCAUCAUUUGGAUUCAAAGGUCCUAAAUUGGAGGGUCCAGAUGUUGAUGUUAACCUGCCAACAGCUGAUAUAGACAUCAAAGCGCCCAAAGUGGACAUUAAAGGUCCAGAACUUGACAUUGAAGGCCCUGAUGGUAAAAUCAAAGGGCCGAAAUUCAAGAUGCCGUCAAUGUCAGGACCAAAGAUCUCCAUGCCUGAUGUGGAUUUCAACCUAAAAGGUCCCAAGAUGAAGGGAGAUUUCGACGUGUCAGGGCCCAAGAUAGAAGGAGACCUCAAAGCACCCAAAGUAGACAUAGAGGGGCCAGAUCUUGACAUUGAAGGUUCCGGAGGAUUUAAGAUGCCAAAGAUGAAGAUGCCAUCAUUUGGAUUCAAAGGUCCUAAAUUGGAGGGUCCAGAUGUUGAUGUUAACCUGCCAACAGCUGAUAUAGACAUCAAAGUGCCCAAAGUGGACAUUAAAGGUCCAGAACUUGACAUUGAAGGCCCUGAUGGUAAAAUCAAAGGGCCAAAAUUCAAGAUGCCAUCAAUAUCAGGACCAAAGAUCUCCAUGCCUGAUAUGGACUUCAAUCUGAAAGGUCCCAAGAUGAAGGGAGAUGUUGAUAUGUCAGGAGAACUUAAAGCACCCAAAGUAGACAUUGAAGGUCCAGAUCUUGACAUUGAAGGUCCAGAUGGAAAAAUCAAAGGGCCAAAAUUCAAGAUGCCAUCAAUUUCAGGACCGAAGAUCUCCAUGCCUGAUGUGGACUUCAAUCUGAAAGGUCCAAAGAUGAAGGGAGAUGUCGAUGUGUCAGGGCCCAAGAUAGAAGGAGACCUCAAAGCACCCAAAGUAGACAUAGAGGGGCCAGAUCUUGACAUUGAAGGUUCAGGAGGAUUUAAGAUGCCAAAGAUGAAGAUGCCAUCAUUUGGAUUCAAAGGUCCUAAAUUGGAGGGUCCAGAUGUUGAUGUUAACCUGCAAAAAGCUGAUAUAGACAUCAAAGCGCCCAAAGUGGACAUUAAAGGUCCAGAACUUGACAUUGAAGGUUCAGGAGGAUUUAAGAUGCCAAAGAUGAAGAUGCCGUCUUUUGGAUUCAAAGGUCCUAAAUUGGAGGGUCCAGAUGUUGAUGUUAACCUACCAAAAGCUGAUAUAGACAUCAAAGCGCCCAAAGUGGACAUUAAAGGUCCAGAACUUGACAUUGAAGGCCCUGAUGGUAAAAUCAAAGGGCCGAAAUUCAAGAUGCCAUCAAUAUCAGGACCAAAGAUCUCCAUGCCUGAUGUGGACUUCAACCUGAAAGGUCCCAAGAUGAAGGGAGAUGUUGAUAUGUCAGGAGAACUUAAAGCACCCAAAGUUGACAUUGAAGGUCCAGAUCUUGACAUUGAAGGUCCAGAUGGAAAAAUCAAAGGGCCAAAAUUCAAGAUGCCAUCAAUUUCAGGACCAAAGAUCUCCAUGCCUGAUGUGGAUUUCAACCUAAAAGGUCCCAAGAUGAAGGGAGAUUUCGACGUGUCAGGGCCCAAGAUAGAAGGAGACCUCAAAGCACCCAAAGUAGACAUAGAGGGGCCAGAUCUUGACAUUGAAGGUUCCGGAGGAUUUAAGAUGCCAAAGAUGAAGAUGCCAUCAUUUGGAUUCAAAGGUCCUAAAUUGGAGGGUCCAGAUGUUGAUGUUAACCUGCCAACAGCUGAUAUAGACAUCAAAGUGCCCAAAGUGGACAUUAAAGGUCCAGAACUUGACAUUGAAGGCCCUGAUGGUAAAAUCAAAGGGCCAAAAUUCAAGAUGCCAUCAAUAUCAGGACCAAAGAUCUCCAUGCCUGAUAUGGACUUCAAUCUGAAAGGUCCCAAGAUGAAGGGAGAUGUUGAUAUGUCAGGAGAACUUAAAGCACCCAAAGUAGACAUUGAAGGUCCAGAUCUUGACAUUGAAGGUCCAGAUGGAAAAAUCAAAGGGCCAAAAUUCAAGAUGCCAUCAAUUUCAGGACCGAAGAUCUCCAUGCCUGAUGUGGACUUCAAUCUGAAAGGUCCAAAGAUGAAGGGAGAUGUCGAUGUGUCAGGGCCCAAGAUAGAAGGAGACCUCAAAGCACCCAAAGUAGACAUAGAGGGGCCAGAUCUUGACAUUGAAGGUUCAGGAGGAUUUAAGAUGCCAAAGAUGAAGAUGCCAUCAUUUGGAUUCAAAGGUCCUAAAUUGGAGGGUCCAGAUGUUGAUGUUAACCUGCAAAAAGCUGAUUUAGACAUCAAAGCGCCCAAAGUGGACAUUAAAGGUCCAGAACUUGACAUUGAAGGUUCAGGAGGAUUUAAGAUGCCAAAGAUGAAGAUGCCGUCUUUUGGAUUCAAAGGUCCUAAAUUGGAGGGUCCAGAUGUUGAUGUUAACCUACCAAAAGCUGAUAUAGACAUCAAAGCGCCCAAAGUGGACAUUAAAGGUCCAGAACUUGACAUUGAAGGCCCUGAUGGUAAAAUCAAAGGGCCGAAAUUCAAGAUGCCGUCAAUGUCAGGACCAAAGAUCUCCAUGCCUGAUGUGGACUUCAACCUGAAAGGUCCCAAGAUGAAGGGAGAUGUUGAUAUGUCAGGAGAACUUAAAGCACCCCAAGUUGACAUUGAAGGUCCAGAACUUGACAUUGAAGGUCCAGAUGGAAAAAUCAAAGGGCCAAAAUUCAAGAUGCCAUCAAUUUCAGGACCGAAGAUCUCCAUGCCUGUGGUGGAUUUCAACCUAAAAGGUCCAAAGAUGAAGGGAGAUUUCGAUGUGUCAGGGCCCAAAAUAGAAGGAGACCUCAAAGCACCCAAAUUAGACAUAGAGGGCCCAGAUCUUGACAUUGAAGGUUCAGGAGGAUUUAAGAUGCCAAAGAUGAAGAUGCCUUCAUUUGGAUUCAAAGGUCCUAAAUUGGAGGGUCCAGAUGUUGAUGUUAACCUGCCAACAGUUGAUAUAGACAUCAAAGCGCCCAAAGUGGACAUUAAAGGUCCAGAACUUGACAUUGAAGGCCCUGAUGGUAAAAUCAAAGGGCCGAAAUUCAAGAUGCCAUCAAUAUCAGGACCAAAGAUCUCCAUGCCUGAUGUGGACUUCAACCUGAAAGGUCCCAAGAUGAAGGGAGAUGUUGAUAUGUCAGGAGAACUUAAAGCACCCAAAGUUGACAUUGAAGGUCCAGAUCUUGACAUUGAAGGUCCAGAUGGAAAAAUCAAAGGGCCAAAAUUCAAGAUGCCAUCAAUUUCAGGACCAAAGAUCUCCAUGCCUGAUGUGGACUUCAAUCUGAAAGGUCCAAAGAUGAAGGGAGAUUUCGAUGUGUCAGGGCCCAAAAUAGAAGGAGACCUCAAAGCACCCAAAUUAGACAUAGAGGGCCCAGAUCUUGACAUUGAUGGUUCAGGAGGAUUUAAGAUGCCAAAGAUGAAGAUGCCAUCAUUUGGAUUCAAAGGUCCUAAAUUGGAGGGUCCAGAUGUUGAUGUUAACCUGCCAACAGCUGAUAUAGACAUCAAAGCGCCCAAAGUGGACAUUAAAGGUCCAGAACUUGACAUUGAAGGCCCUGAUGGUAAAAUCAAAGGGCCGAAAUUCAAGAUGCCGUCAAUGUCAGGACCAAAGAUCUCCAUGCCUGAUGUGGAUUUCAACCUAAAAGGUCCCAAGAUGAAGGGAGAUUUCGACGUGUCAGGGCCCAAGAUAGAAGGAGACCUCAAAGCACCCAAAGUAGACAUAGAGGGUCCAGAUCUUGACAUUGAAGGUUCCGGAGGAUUUAAGAUGCCAAAGAUGAAGAUGCCAUCAUUUGGAUUCAAAGGUCCUAAAUUGGAGGGUCCAGAUGUUGAUGUUAACCUGCCAACAGCUGAUAUAGACAUCAAAGUGCCCAAAGUGGACAUUAAAGGUCCAGAACUUGACAUUGAAGGCCCUGAUGGUAAAAUCAAAGGGCCAAAAUUCAAGAUGCCAUCAAUAUCAGGACCAAAGAUCUCCAUGCCUGAUAUGGACUUCAAUCUGAAAGGUCCCAAGAUGAAGGGAGAUGUUGAUAUGUCAGGAGAACUUAAAGCACCCAAAGUAGACAUUGAAGGUCCAGAUCUUGACAUUGAAGGCCCAGAUGGAAAAAUCAAAGGGCCAAAAUUCAAGAUGCCAUCAAUUUCAGGACCGAAGAUCUCCAUGCCUGAUGUGGACUUCAAUCUGAAAGGUCCAAAGAUGAAGGGAGAUGUCGAUGUGUCAGGGCCCAAGAUAGAAGGAGACCUCAAAGCACCCAAAGUAGACAUAGAGGGCCCAGAUCUUGACAUUGAAGGUUCAGGAGGAUUUAAGAUGCCAAAGAUGAAGAUGCCAUCAUUUGGAUUCAAAGGUCCUAAAUUGGAGGGUCCAGAUGUUGAUGUUAACCUGCCAACUGCUGAUAUAGACAUCAAAGCGCCCAAAGUGGACAUUAAAGGUCCAGAACUUGACAUUGAAGGUUCAGGAGGAUUUAAGAUGCCAAAGAUGAAGAUGCCGUCUUUUGGAUUCAAAGGUCCUAAAUUGGAGGGUCCAGAUGUUGAUGUUAACCUACCAAAAGCUGAUAUAGACAUCAAAGCGCCCAAAGUGGACAUUAAAGGUCCAGAACUUGACAUUGAAGGCCCUGAUGGUAAAAUCAAAGGGCCGAAAUUCAAGAUGCCAUCAAUAUCAGGACCAAAGAUCUCCAUGCCUGAUGUGGACUUCAACCUGAAAGGUCCCAAGAUGAAGGGAGAUGUUGAUAUGUCAGGAGAACUUAAAGCACCCAAAGUAGACAUUGAAGGUCCAGAUCUUGACAUUGAAGGUCCAGAUGGAAAAAUCAAAGGGCCAAAAUUCAAGAUGCCAUCAAUUUCAGGACCGAAGAUCUCCAUGCCUGAUGUGGACUUCAAUCUGAAAGGUCCAAAGAUGAAGGGAGAUGUCGAUGUGUCAGGGCCCAAGAUAGAAGGAGACCUCAAAGCACCCAAAGUAGACAUAGAGGUGCCAGAUCUUGACAUUGAAGGUUCAGGAGGAUUUAAGAUGCCAAAGAUGAAGAUGCCAUCAUUUGGAUUCAAAGGUCCUAAAUUGGAGGGUCCAGAUGUUGAUGUUAACCUGCAAAAAGCUGAUAUAGACAUCAAAGCGCCCAAAGUGGACAUUAAAGGUCCAGAACUUGACAUUGAAGGUUCAGGAGGAUUUAAGAUGCCAAAGAUGAAGAUGCCGUCUUUUGGAUUCAAAGGUCCUAAAUUGGAGGGUCCAGAUGUUGAUGUUAACCUACCAACAGCUGAUAUAGACAUCAAAGCGCCCAAAGUGGACAUUAAAGGUCCAGAACUUGACAUUGAAGGCCCUGAUGGUAAAAUCAAAGGGCCGAAAUUCAAGAUGCCGUCAAUGUCAGGACCGAAGAUCUCCAUGCCUGACGUGGACUUCAACCUGAAAGGUCCCAAGAUGAAGGGAGAUGUUGAUAUGUCAGGAGAACUUAAAGCACCCCAAGUUGACAUUGAAGGUCCAGAUCUUGACAUUGAAGGUCCAGAUGGAAAAAUCAAAGGGCCAAAAUUCAAGAUGCCAUCAAUUUCAGGACCAAAGAUCUCCAUGCCUGAUGUGGACUUCAAUCUGAAAGGUCCAAAGAUGAAGGGAGAUUUUGAUGUGUCAGGGCCCAAGAUAGAAGGAGACCUCAAAGCACCCAAAUUAGACAUAGAGGGCCCAGAUCUUGACAUUGAAGGUUCAGGAGGAUUUAAGAUGCCAAAGAUGAAGAUGCCUUCAUUUGGAUUCAAAGGUCCUAAAUUGGAGGGUCCAGAUGUUGAUGUUAACCUGCCAACAGCUGAUAUAGACAUCAAAGUGCCCAAAGUGGACAUUAAAGGUCCAGAACUUGACAUUGAAGGCCCUGAUGGUAAAAUCAAAGGGCCGAAAUUCAAGAUGCCAUCAAUGUCAGGACCAAAGAUCUCCAUGCCUGAUGUGGAUUUCAACCUAAAAGGUCCCAAGAUGAAGGGAGAUUUCGACGUGUCAGGGCCCAAGAUAGAAGGAGACCUCAAAGCACCCAAAGUAGACAUAGAGGGGCCAGAUCUUGACAUUGAAGGUUCAGGAGGAUUUAAGAUGCCAAAGAUGAAGAUGCCAUCAUUUGGAUUCAAAGGUCCUAAAUUGGAGGGUCCAGAUGUUGAUGUUAACCUGCCAACAGCUGAUAUAGACAUCAAAGCGCCCAAAGUGGACAUUAAAGGUCCAGAACUUGACAUUGAAGGUUCAGGAGGAUUUAAGAUGCCAAAGAUGAAGAUGCCGUCUUUUGGAUUCAAAGGUCCUAAAUUGGAGGGUCCAGAUGUUGAUGUUAACCUGCCAACAGCUGAUAUAGACAUCAAAGCGCCCAAAGUGGACAUUAAAGUUCCAGAACUUGACAUUGAAGGCCCUGAUGGUAAAAUCAAAGGGCCGAAAUUCAAGAUGCCGUCAAUGUCAGGACCAAAGAUCUCCAUGCCUGAUGUGGAUUUCAACCUAAAAGGUCCCAAGAUGAAGGGAGAUUUCGACGUGUCAGGGCCCAAGAUAGAAGGAGACCUCAAAGCACCCAAAGUAGACAUAGAGGGUCCAGAUCUUGACAUUGAAGGUUCAGGAGGAUUUAAGAUGCCAAAGAUGAAGAUGCCAUCAUUUGGAUUCAAAGGUCCUAAAUUGGAGGGUCCAGAUGUUGAUGUUAACCUGCCAACAGCUGAUAUAGACAUCAAAGUGCCCAAAGUGGACAUUAAAGGUCCAGAACUUGACAUUGAAGGCCCUGAUGGUAAAAUCAAAGGGCCAAAAUUCAAGAUGCCAUCAAUAUCAGGACCAAAGAUCUCCAUGCCUGAUAUGGACUUCAAUCUGAAAGGUCCCAAGAUGAAGGGAGAUGUUGAUAUGUCAGGAGAACUUAAAGCACCCAAAGUAGACAUUGAAGGUCCAGAUCUUGACAUUGAAGGCCCAGAUGGAAAAAUCAAAGGGCCAAAAUUCAAGAUGCCAUCAAUUUCAGGACCGAAGAUCUCCAUGCCUGAUGUGGACUUCAAUCUGAAAGGUCCAAAGAUGAAGGGAGAUGUCGAUGUGUCAGGGCCCAAGAUAGAAGGAGACCUCAAAGCACCCAAAGUAGACAUAGAGGGCCCAGAUCUUGACAUUGAAGGUUCAGGAGGAUUUAAGAUGCCAAAGAUGAAGAUGCCAUCAUUUGGAUUCAAAGGUCCUAAAUUGGAGGGUCCAGAUGUUGAUGUUAACCUGCCAACUGCUGAUAUAGACAUCAAAGCGCCCAAAGUGGACAUUAAAGGUCCAGAACUUGACAUUGAAGGCCCUGAUGGUAAAAUCAAAGGGCCGAAAUUCAAGAUGCCAUCAAUAUCAGGACCAAAGAUCUCCAUGCCUGAUGUGGACUUCAAUCUGAAAGGUCCCAAGAUGAAGGGAGAUGUUGAUAUGUCAGGAGAACUUAAAGCACCCAAAGUAGACAUUGAAGGUCCAGAUCUUGACAUUGAAGGUCCAGAUGGAAAAAUCAAAGGGCCAAAAUUCAAGAUGCCAUCAAUUUCAGGACCGAAGAUCUCCAUGCCCGAUGUGGACUUCAAUCUGAAAGGUCCAAAAAUGAAGGGAGACGUGGACAUGUCUGUGCCAAUGAUUGAAGGUGACCUGAAAGCACCCAAGGUUGAUAUUGAAGUUCCAGAUGUUGACAUUGAAGGUUCAGGAGGAUUUAAGAUGCCAAAGAUGAAGAUGCCCUCCAUUUCUGGCCCCAAAAUGUCGAUGCCUGAUAUUGAUUUCAAUCUCAAAGGGCCAAAGUUCAAGGGGGGAGUUGAGGGAGAAAUCAGUACACCCAAAGCUGAAUUUGAUGGAUUGGAUGUCUCAAUUGAGAGUCCUGACAUUACACCAAAGAAGUCUAAGUUCAAAAUGCCAAAGUUUGGAUUCGGAGGGCCAAAAGUCAAGUCUCCUGAGGUUGAUGUAAAUCUAGCAAAAGUAGAUAUUAAUGUCAAAGGACCGAAAGGUAGUGUGUCAGACCUUGAGCUUGAUGUUGGGGCUACCAGCCCUAAGGCCAAAGGAUCCAAAUUCAAAAUGCCAAAAUUUGGAUUCAGAAGCCCGAAAGUAGAGAUACCAGAUAUAGAUAUUAACAUACCUAAAUCUGAUGUCGGCAUUAAGGGACCCAGUGUUGACAUUAAUGUUCCGGAAAUUGACAUUGAAUGCCCUGAUGGCAAAAUCAAGGGCCCAAAAUUCAAGAUGCCAUCAAUAUCAGGACCAAAGAUCUCUAUGCCUGAUAUGGACUUUGACCUGAAAGGUCCAAAGAUGAAGGGAGAUGUGGACUUGUCUGUGCCAAUGAUUGAAGGAGAACUCAAAGCACCCAAAGUAGACAUUGAAGGUCCAGAUGUUGACAUUGAAGGUUCAGGAGGAUUUAAGAUGCCAAAGAUGAAGAUGCCAUCAUUUGGAUUCAAAGGACCCAAACUGGAGGGGCCAGAUGUUGAUAUCAACCUUCCUAAAGCUGACAUUGAUAUUAAGGGGCCCAACGUUGACAUCAAAGGUCCAGAACUGGACAUUGAAGGCCCAGAUGGUAAAAUCAAAGGUCCGAAAUUCAAGAUGCCUUCCAUAUCAGGACCAAAGAUCUCCAUGCCUGAUGUGGACUUCAACCUGAAAGGUCCAAAGAUGAAGGGAGAUGUUGAUAUGUCAGGAGACCUCAAAGCCCCCAAAGUAGACAUUAAAGGUCCAGAUGUUGACAUCGAAGGUUCAGGAGGAUUUAAGAUGCCAAAGAUGAAAAUGCCAUCCUUUGGAUUCAAAGGACCUAACCUGGAGGGUCCGGAUGUCGAUCUCAACCUACCUAAAGCUGACAUUAAUGUUGAAGGUCCAGAAAUUGACAUUGAAGGGUAUGAUGGUAAAAUCAGAGGGCCAAAAUUCAAGAUGCCUUCAAUGUCAGGACCAAAGGUAUCAAUGCCAGAUAUGGAUUUCAACCUGAAAGGUCCAAAGGUAAAGGGAGAUUUUGAUGUGUCAGUCCCCAAGAUCGAAGGAGACCUCAAAGCACCCAAAGUAGACAUUGAAGGUCCAGAUGUUGACAUUGAAGGUUCAGGAGGAUUUAAGAUGCCAAAGAUGAAGAUGCCAUCAUUUGGAUUCAAAGGACCCAAACUGGAGGGGCCAGAUGUUGAUAUCAACCUUCCUAAAGCUGACAUUGAUAUUAAGGGGCCCAACGUUGACAUCAAAGGUCCAGAACUGGACAUUGAAGGCCCAGAUGGUAAAAUCAAAGGUCCGAAAUUCAAGAUGCCUUCCAUAUCAGGACCAAAGAUCUCCAUGCCUGAUGUGGACUUCAACCUGAAAGGUCCAAAGAUGAAGGGAGAUGUUGAUAUGUCAGGAGACCUCAAAGCACCCAAAGUAGACAUUAAAGGUCCAGAUGUUGACAUCGAAGGUUCAGGAGGAUUUAAGAUGCCAAAGAUGAAAAUGCCAUCCUUUGGAUUCAAAGGACCUAACCUGGAGGGUCCGGAUGUCGAUCUCAACCUACCUAAAGCUGACAUUAAUGUUGAAGGUCCAGAAAUUGACAUUGAAGGGUAUGAUGGUAAAAUCAGAGGGCCAAAAUUCAAGAUGCCUUCAAUGUCAGGAUCAAAGGUAUCAAUGCCAGAUAUGGAUUUCAACCUGAAAGGUCCAAAGGUAAAGGGAGAUUUUGAUGUGUCAGUCCCCAAGAUCGAAGGAGACCUCAAAGCACCCAAAGUAGACAUUGAAGGUCCAGAUGUUGACAUUGAAGGUUCAGGAGGAUUUAAGAUGCCAAAGAUGAAGAUGCCAUCAUUUGGAUUCAAAGGACCCAAACUGGAGGGGCCAGAUGUUGAUAUCAACCUUCCUAAAGCUGACAUUGAUAUUAAGGGGCCCAACGUUGACAUCAAAGGUCCAGAACUGGACAUUGAAGGCCCAGAUGGUAAAAUCAAAGGUCCGAAAUUCAAGAUGCCUUCCAUAUCAGGACCAAAGAUCUCCAUGCCUGAUGUGGACUUCAACCUGAAAGGUCCAAAGAUGAAGGGAGAUGUUGAUAUGUCAGGAGACCUCAAAGCACCCAAAGUAGACAUUAAAGGUCCAGAUGUUGACAUCGAAGGUUCAGGAGGAUUUAAGAUGCCAAAGAUGAAAAUGCCAUCCUUUGGAUUCAAAGGACCUAACCUGGAGGGUCCGGAUGUCGAUCUCAACCUACCUAAAGCUGACAUUAAUGUUGAAGGUCCAGAAAUUGACAUUGAAGGGUAUGAUGGUAAAAUCAGAGGGCCAAAAUUCAAGAUGCCUUCAAUGUCAGGACCAAAGGUAUCAAUGCCAGAUAUGGAUUUCAACCUGAAAGGUCCAAAGGUAAAGGGAGAUUUUGAUGUGUCAGUCCCCAAGAUCGAAGGAGACCUCAAAGCACCCAAAGUAGACAUUGAAGGUCCAGAUGUUGACAUUGAAGGUUCAGGAGGAUUUAAGAUGCCAAAGAUGAAGAUGCCAUCAUUUGGAUUCAAAGGACCCAAACUGGAGGGGCCAGAUGUUGAUAUCAACCUUCCUAAAGCUGACAUUGAUAUUAAGGGGCCCAACGUUGACAUCAAAGGUCCAGAACUGGACAUUGAAGGCCCAGAUGGUAAAAUCAAAGGUCCGAAAUUCAAGAUGCCUUCCAUAUCAGGACCAAAGAUCUCCAUGCCUGAUGUGGACUUCAACCUGAAAGGUCCAAAGAUGAAGGGAGAUGUUGAUAUGUCAGGAGACCUCAAAGCACCCAAAGUAGACAUUAAAGGUCCAGAUGUUGACAUCGAAGGUUCAGGAGGAUUUAAGAUGCCAAAGAUGAAAAUGCCAUCCUUUGGAUUCAAAGGACCUAACCUGGAGGGUCCGGAUGUCGAUCUCAACCUACCUAAAGCUGACAUUAAUGUUGAAGGUCCAGAAAUUGACAUUGAAGGGUAUGAUGGUAAAAUCAGAGGGCCAAAAUUCAAGAUGCCUUCAAUGUCAGGACCAAAGGUAUCAAUGCCAGAUAUGGAUUUCAACCUGAAAGGUCCAAAGGUAAAGGGAGAUUUUGAUGUGUCAGUCCCCAAGAUCGAAGGAGACCUCAAAGCACCCAAAGUAGACAUUGAAGGUCCAGAUGUUGACAUUGAAGGUUCAGGAGGAUUUAAGAUGCCAAAGAUGAAGAUGCCAUCAUUUGGAUUCAAAGGACCCAAACUGGAGGGGCCAGAUGUUGAUAUCAACCUUCCUAAAGCUGACAUUGAUAUUAAGGGGCCCAACGUUGACAUCAAAGGUCCAGAACUGGACAUUGAAGGCCCAGAUGGUAAAAUCAAAGGUCCGAAAUUCAAGAUGCCUUCCAUAUCAGGACCAAAGAUCUCCAUGCCUGAUGUGGACUUCAACCUGAAAGGUCCAAAGAUGAAGGGAGAUGUUGAUAUGUCAGGAGACCUCAAAGCACCCAAAGUAGACAUUAAAGGUCCAGAUGUUGACAUCGAAGGUUCAGGAGGAUUUAAGAUGCCAAAGAUGAAAAUGCCAUCCUUUGGAUUCAAAGGACCUAACCUGGAGGGUCCGGAUGUCGAUCUCAACCUACCUAAAGCUGACAUUAAUGUUGAAGGUCCAGAAAUUGACAUUGAAGGGUAUGAUGGUAAAAUCAGAGGGCCAAAAUUCAAGAUGCCUUCAAUGUCAGGACCAAAGGUAUCAAUGCCAGAUAUGGAUUUCAACCUGAAAGGUCCAAAGGUAAAGGGAGAUUUUGAUGUGUCAGUCCCCAAGAUCGAAGGAGACCUCAAAGCACCCAAAGUAGACAUUGAAGGUCCAGAUGUUGACAUUGAAGGUUCAGGAGGAUUUAAGAUGCCAAAGAUGAAGAUGCCAUCAUUUGGAUUCAAAGGACCCAAACUGGAGGGGCCAGAUGUUGAUAUCAACCUUCCUAAAGCUGACAUUGAUAUUAAGGGGCCCAACGUUGACAUCAAAGGUCCAGAACUGGACAUUGAAGGCCCAGAUGGUAAAAUCAAAGGUCCGAAAUUCAAGAUGCCUUCCAUAUCAGGACCAAAGAUCUCCAUGCCUGAUGUGGACUUCAACCUGAAAGGUCCAAAGAUGAAGGGAGAUGUUGAUAUGUCAGGAGACCUCAAAGCACCCAAAGUAGACAUUAAAGGUCCAGAUGUUGACAUCGAAGGUUCAGGAGGAUUUAAGAUGCCAAAGAUGAAAAUGCCAUCCUUUGGAUUCAAAGGACCUAACCUGGAGGGUCCGGAUGUCGAUCUCAACCUACCUAAAGCUGACAUUAAUGUUGAAGGUCCAGAAAUUGACAUUGAAGGGUAUGAUGGUAAAAUCAGAGGGCCAAAAUUCAAGAUGCCUUCAAUGUCAGGACCAAAGGUAUCAAUGCCAGAUAUGGAUUUCAACCUGAAAGGUCCAAAGGUAAAGGGAGAUUUUGAUGUGUCAGUCCCCAAGAUCGAAGGAGACCUCAAAGCACCCAAAGUAGACAUUGAAGGUCCAGAUGUUGACAUUGAAGGUUCAGGAGGAUUUAAGAUGCCAAAGAUGAAGAUGCCAUCAUUUGGAUUCAAAGGACCCAAACUGGAGGGGCCAGAUGUUGAUAUCAACCUUCCUAAAGCUGAUAUUGAUAUUAAGGGGCCCAACGUUGACAUCAAAGGUCCAGAACUGGACAUUGAAGGCCCAGAUGGUAAAAUCAAAGGUCCGAAAUUCAAGAUGCCUUCCAUAUCAGGACCAAAGAUCUCCAUGCCUGAUGUGGACUUCAACCUGAAAGGUCCAAAGAUGAAGGGAGAUGUUGAUAUGUCAGGAGACCUCAAAGCCCCCAAAGUAGACAUUAAAGGUCCAGAUGUUGACAUCGAAGGUUCAGGAGGAUUUAAGAUGCCAAAGAUGAAAAUGCCAUCCUUUGGAUUCAAAGGACCUAACCUGGAGGGUCCGGAUGUCGAUCUCAACCUACCUAAAGCUGACAUUAAUGUUGAAGGUCCAGAAAUUGACAUUGAAGGGUAUGAUGGUAAAAUCAGAGGGCCAAAAUUCAAGAUGCCUUCAAUGUCAGGACCAAAGGUAUCAAUGCCAGAUAUGGAUUUCAACCUGAAAGGUCCAAAGGUAAAGGGAGAUUUUGAUGUGUCAGUCCCCAAGAUCGAAGGAGACUUCAAAGCACCCAAAGUAGACAUUGAAGGUCCAGAUGUUGACAUUGAAGGUUCAGGAGGAUUUAAGAUGCCAAAGAUGAAGAUGCCAUCAUUUGGAUUUAGAGGACCUAAACUGGAGGGUCCAGAUGUGGAUCUUAACCUACCUCAAGCUGAUAUUGACAUCAUGGUACCUAGUGUUGACAUUUCACGUACAGAUCUCGACAUCAGAGGUCCUGAUGCAAAGUUGUCAGGUGGUUCCCUUGAUAUGGGAAGUCCCAGUUUCAGUUUUGAAAAACCAGACAUCAAGUUUCCAAAGUUCAAAGGUCCCAUGUUUGGUAUUAAGUCCCCAGAAGUUCAAGGUCCUGAACUGAAUAUUUCUCACAGAACGAUUGAUGUGAAAGCACCUGAGGUUGACCUUAACCUUGGGGAUGCAAAUAUCAAAGGACCUAAAUUCAAUGCACCAAAGAUCCAUAUGGGAGGAAAGAGCCCCAAAUUAGAUGUUCAUUUGCCAGAGGUUGACAGUAGUCUAGAAGCCCCUGAUGUUGAGGUUCAUGUCAAAGGAAAGAAAGGCAAAUUCAAACUACCCAAAAUCAAAGGGAAAGCAAAGAAACCUGAUGUCGAUAUUGACCUUGAAACAUCAGGUGUAGAUUUAGAUGUUGACUCUCCUGAGCUUCACCUGAAAGGAGCAAAAGUAAAGAAACCCUUCUUUGGAAAACUUCAUUUCCCCGAUGUGGAAUUUGAUGUAAAAUCUUCCAAAGUUAAAGGUGACUUGUCAUCUGGGAGCCUACAAGCCAACAUUGGGGGUCCAGAUGUAAACGUGGAAGUUCCAGAUGUAAAAACUAAGUCUAACAUGAAAUUUCCAGGGAUGAAAAUCAAAGGGCCCCAGGUAAAUGUCCCUGAUGUUGACGUAAAUGUGAACGGGCAAAAUCUGAAAGGAGAGGCAAGCCUCUCAGGAGGUUUUAAAGGUCCUAAGACAGAUAUCGGAGGAGGAGUAGAAGUAGACUCAAAUGUUUCAGGAUUCAGUGGACUACAUUUCCCAGAGGGACACGUAUCAUUCCCCAAAAUCAGUGUUCCGAAGUACCAUGGACCAGAGAUGGGAGUAGAUGUUGAUGCAGGGUUAGAAGCAGGGUUAGCAGUGGGGGGUGAGAAGGUUGAUGUGCAGACUCCUUCGGUUAUUGGUAGAGUUAGUUCUCCGAGCCUGGAGUUGCACGGCCCAGACGUGAAGAACAGUGGUGGUAAAGUGAAUGUGAAGAUGCCAAGGUUCGGUUUUGGCAAGUCAAAAGCAAAGGGAGGUAGUGCAGCGGAUAUUAGCUUUCAGGGGCCGGAUGCAGAACUGGGAGCCGGUGGUAGUGGCGGCGUUAAGGGCUCCAAAGAGUUGAGUUUAAGUCAUGGGGAGUUAGUAAGUGGCAAGUUGUCUGUAGAGGGAGGAUCUGGGCAUAGUGUGUCCCCUAAGAGCAAGUCAGCCUCACUGGAUCUUUUUAAGAAAUCAAGGCAUCGGUCUUCCUCUGUGGCGAGUGACGAGGGAGAUCUGGCUGUGUCUUCCCCCUCAAGUCACUUAAGUGCCGAGGUUUGCGACAUCUCUGUUGAUGUUGGGGGGGCCAAGGUGAAAGGAAAGAAGAGCAAGUCAAAGUUUGGCACCUUUGGUGGUUUUGGCUCAAAGUCGACGGGCGCAUAUGAAGUGACACUGGGUGAAGAUAAUGAAGAGAGAGUAGAGGGAAGUGGUGGUGUAUCUCUCCCCUCUAAAAAGUCGAGAAUCGCCUCGUCUUCCAGCAGCGACAGUGGGUCUAGAGGUGGUUUCCAUUUCCCAAAACUUGACUUUUCCAUGUCACCAAAGAAAUGAAUGAAUUGUUGAGGCUAAUUAUAAACUCUCUCGUAUACUACCCAAUUAUCUUCUCCAUAUACACAACAGCCCUAUCUGCUCAAGAAUUUAAAACUUGACAGAUGAGUUCACAUCUCAUCUCAAUGUAACAUUACGUGUGUUUUUUUCCCGUAGGACUUUCUCCACACAUUUGACUUAUUACAUGACAUUGUUCAGACUUCAAUUUAACUGUAAAUAAGAUGAAUCUGUAUUGUAAUAUUAAGUAUUGUCUUUUGUACAUAGUCAAAAUUUAUUGAGCAUUAAAUCUCACCAAAUUCAUACCAAUAGUGCCUCACAUGUUUAGUCCCAUUGUUGUAUUGCAUUCUGUUAAAAUGCAUUUUGUCAAGAUUAGGUAUUUUUAUAUCCAGGGUUCUAUUGCACAAAAAAUAGUAUAGAUUCAAUUGUUAUUUUUAAGAAAAGUAUGUUUGUACACACAGACACACAGCAAAAAAACAACAACCUCAAUAAAUACUUUUCGUUUUUUAUGUAUGAAAUGAUUUACUUUUGUUUUUGAAACUUUGGAUAUGUAAUUGUUGCAGAAGCUUAUUUACUCAACUUAAAGCCGUCCCUGUCUACCAAUGCAGUUAGAGAACAUAAUUGCAAAUAAAAACAAUGUUUCUGUUUACUAAUAAAUUAUAUUUACUGUUGUUAUUCAUCUUUGAGAGAGAGCAGGCAUUUUUUUAUAUAUUUUUUUACAUCCAAUUUGAUUAUUACAAUUCGUCCCUUUUCGCGUCAAAACCUUUAAUUUGAAUUCUGCUCAAAUGCCAAAAUGGAAGAUGCACUUUGAAAAAUAGUACAUCAUAUGCUGAAGAAUCCAUUUGCAUUUUUGUACAAUCAAGAUAUUUUAAAAUGUAAAGAAGCAAAUCAUGACAUCUCUCUCUCUCUCUCUCUCUCUCUCUCUCUCUCUCACCAUCUCUCUAUUUCUCUCCCUCACUGUCUCACUUAAUGCAAGUCUCUGGUGUUUGCUUACACUAAAGAAAAUGUAUGACUAUCAUGAAUAAAGAGUCAUGCUAUAUUUGUACCUGUAUAGCAAAAUAAAUAUCUGCAAAGUUAAUAACAGAGAAAGAAAGCAAAAAAAUGUAAUUUACUUUUAUUUGAUGGAGUUGUUAAUUGAUUUGAGUCUAUUGUGUCUCAUGUGUUUCAUUCUGCAAAAUAAAUCAAAUAAAUGGUUAACAUACCAA